AGGUAGUCAGUGGGUGGGGGGAAGCUCGAAGCGAAGCGCACAUUCGCCGCAGCCAUGCGUGAGAUCGUGCAUAUCCAAGCCGGCCAAUGCGGGAACCAGAUCGGAGCCAAGUUCUGGGAGGUCAUCAGCGAUGAGCAUGGCAUUGACCCCACCGGCAGCUACCACGGAGACAGCGACCUGCAGCUGGAGAGGAUCAAUGUCUACUACAAUGAAGCAGCUGGAAAUAAGUAUGUUCCCCGCGCAAUCCUCGUUGACCUGGAGCCGGGCACAAUGGACUCAGUCAGGUCUGGACCUUUCGGCCAGAUCUUUAGACCUGAUAACUUUGUCUUUGGCCAGAGUGGUGCUGGGAACAACUGGGCCAAAGGCCACUACACAGAGGGAGCUGAGCUAGUGGAUUCGGUGCUGGAUGUAGUAAGGAAGGAGUCUGAAAGCUGUGAUUGCUUACAGGGCUUCCAACUCACCCACUCGUUGGGUGGGGGCACUGGAUCUGGCAUGGGAACGCUUCUCAUCAGCAAGAUUAGGGAGGAAUAUCCUGAUAGGAUCAUGAACACCUUCAGUGUAAUGCCAUCUCCAAAAGUGUCAGACACAGUGGUGGAGCCAUACAAUGCCACCCUCUCUGUCCACCAGUUGGUAGAGAACACAGAUGAAACCUACUCUAUUGACAAUGAGGCUCUGUAUGACAUCUGCUUCCGCACACUGAAACUCACAACUCCAACCUACGGCGAUCUCAACCACUUGGUAUCUGCCACCAUGAGCGGAGUGACCACCUGCCUCCGAUUCCCUGGCCAACUGAACGCAGACCUUCGCAAGCUGGCAGUCAACAUGGUGCCUUUCCCUCGCCUGCACUUCUUCAUGCCCGGCUUUGCUCCCUUGACGAGUCGUGGCAGCCAACAAUAUCGUGCCCUGACGGUCCCGGAGCUGACUCAACAGAUGUUUGAUUCCAAAAACAUGAUGGCGGCCUGUGACCCCCGCCACGGCCGGUACCUGACGGUGGCAGCCAUCUUCCGGGGCAGAAUGUCCAUGAAGGAGGUGGAUGAGCAGAUGCUGAAUGUCCAGAACAAGAACAGCAGCUACUUUGUGGAAUGGAUCCCCAACAACGUGAAGACGGCCGUGUGUGACAUUCCUCCCCGAGGCCUGAAGAUGUCUGCCACUUUCAUCGGCAACAGCACCGCAAUCCAGGAGCUCUUCAAGAGAAUCUCUGAGCAGUUCACAGCCAUGUUCCGGCGGAAGGCUUUCUUGCACUGGUACACCGGCGAAGGCAUGGAUGAGAUGGAGUUCACGGAAGCCGAAAGCAACAUGAAUGACCUGGUCUCCGAGUACCAGCAGUAUCAAGAUGCCACUGCAGAUGAGCAAGGGGAGUUUGAGGAGGAAGGAGAGGAGGACGAGGCUUAGAGGUUUUGAGUAGGGUUAGUCCAUAGGCAAGUGUCCAAGGUGAGAGCUGUUCAGCUGUACCAGUGCAUGCUUUUCCAGUUAUUCUUGAUGCUUUUCACUGUUGCCUCUGUCAGCAGUUUUUGUGACCCUGCUCUAUUACUUUAAUAUUUAUAAACUGGCAAGAUGAUUUAAUUAGGGAGAUACAAAUCCUAUUAAGAUUGAGUGCUAUGAAGUUGAAGUCUUCACAACAGUGCUGGUAGUAGGACCAGCUCUACACUAUAUAUUAAAAUCUGAAGAAUAACUUGCUUCCACAUUUAUGCAACUAUAAAUUCUGCACCUCCAAUUGGUAUUUAAUAUAAUUCUCAAGGGAAAUUACUGCAGGGAUUAAAGUUUUAUUAAAGAGAGAUGUCAAUACUUUAUCUAAACUAAGAAAGAGAUUUACUGAGUGCUUUAAAAACAAAGCUUCUCUAGAUUGGUAUUUUUUAGAUGUGUUGUAAUGUGCAAUUCCCAGAUUCUCUUAGACAGCACAGAUUUUCUUUCUUUCUUGGGAACAGUAGGAGCUACAGGUACCAGUACUUCUGGAGGGGGCUACAUUGGAGAAGACUUGCAUACCCCUCGUUAUUGACCAUUGUUCUUGACUCCAAUGGAAAGGCAGUAAUCAAGAAAUGGAAUAGUAAUAAUAGAUUUCUCUACCAAUUAGAAUAAGCAGUCUACCCCAUGAAAUAUUUUUGCACAUGCUAAAGAAUAUUCUACAGAAUUGCAGAGGCAGUAGGUAAACUUAUUUUGAUCAAUUUUUCCUCACCUUGUGCUCUCCCAAGAAUGCACACCAGAUAGAAGUAUUUACAAUUGCAGUUAGAAUUCUGUGUGUAACUUAUAACAUUUUAAUUGUGAUUUAAACUGAUCACUUCCAACUUUUGGGAUUGGGCUCUUCAAAAGAUGCAGAUAUUGCAACAACUGGAUAUUAAAACUAUUUUUUGUAAUACAGGAAAGGAUUGUUAGCAUUGGCUUGUAAAGUUAGGAGCUUAUUCCCUCUCACUUUAAGAACUAAGAUGGUAUUUUUUAAUAUUCCGAAUCACUGUAUGUUCAAAAUCACAUCUGUAGUCUUUUUCUUAAAAAAAAGAAAAGAAAGAAUAACCCUUAAGAUUUGGGCACAAUUGCAACUAGAAUGCUAGUAGAGCAGGCAUGAAUUCAGACAGCUGGGAUUGAGCAUGUUUUCUGUGGCGCUGUCUUAUGUUGGCUUUCUUUUGUGCAUUGUGUAAACUCUUCAAGAAUGUCUGCAGUAAAAUUCUGCAAUGGCUUUUGUGUGGUGUUCAGUGUUGAGGACUCUGUAUCAAGGCAUGCAUUUUGAAUAAUGACUUCUGUUUGUGCUUUUCUUUAAGGUGAAUCUGGGCAAUAAAGUAUUUAUUGAAACU